AUGUCUGACUCGGAUGAAGAUCUAGGUUUUCAACUUAAGGGGUUGAAAAUCUCCAAGUGUUUGGAGGAGGAUCCUCAAGUUGCGGACGCAAUGGUUGUUAAUAUUCCCAUAAGUGCAAUGGCGAAUGAAAUGUCUGAAGUUGACCGUACUUCACCAGACGAAAACAGUAUCACAGGACAGAUAUCACAGGAAGCUGUUUUAUUUGAAGUACGAUCAAGUGACAUUGCAAGUCGUCAUGAUGAUAUGUCAAGACAGGAGAAUAUUAAUGUGGCCGGGACAAAUACUCAAACCAGUAAUAAUGCAAAAUUAUCAGAAGAUUCCUCCUCAGAUGACGAUGACUGGGACACUGUUCCAGCUAUUGCGUCUUAUGAUGUCUACAAUGAUAAAGGUGAACUGGAACUGCAACCCUACCAAAGUUCUGAUAAUAUUCAACGAAAUGACACCACUACAAAUAAACAGAAUCCAAACAUCACCUUUGGUUAUACAAAAGUAGCUGGUGAAGAGCAAGCUCAAAGAUCCUAUAAAACUAAUAAAAAAACUGCAUUUUUAUUCGAGCAUAAAAAAGUUAUGAAGAGUCUUCAAAGUACUGAUAGCCUCAAUGAGACCACGUUACCAACACCUCCCCCAGAAGACACUGUCGACUAUGAUGAGUUCGAGGAUGAUGUAGAACCACUAGAUAAUUUGACGCCAGAUACUCAAUUAAACAUAACUAAACUCUUACUUAAUGAUAUGGAGAAAUUUGCUUACCUUGGGGCAGCAAACGUUUUAAUAAAUCAAAUGUGCACAGAUCUGGCCACUUUAUGUCUUUGUGUGGACAUAACAUCGAACAAAAAACUAGCUAAUAGAUUGCACUUCACUCAAAAGGACACAGCUAAUUGGAAAACGAUAAUUCUGAAUAGAUUAUAUGAACAUCUUGACGUUACAGAGGAGGAAAUCAAUAUGAUCGAAAACUUAUCCUUACAUAAAAUUCAAUUGAACGAUUUAUGCAAAUGUUUAAGGGUUUCACAACUUAUGGAAAAUCCAUGGGAAGAUCACGCUGGUUCCGAAGCUAGUAAAAGUGAAGAACAAGUACCACAUAACAGCUCUGUAAGUGAUACAUCAGAAAAUGAAUCAAAAAGCAUGUACAGUGACAAGGAUAAGAAAGUUCUACAUCCAGAAAAUGUCAAGGAUCAACAUCAAUUGCAUGUUGAUGUUGCAUGGACAAUCAUCUGUGAUCUCUUUUUGUUAUUAUUACAAGGUUCAUCAUUUGAUGCAAGAUCAAGGACCUUGCUAAUUAGAUUUGCUGAAGCUUUAAAUAUAACACACUUAGAGAUAAACGAAUUUGAAAAGAGAGUCACUGACUCUCUAGAUAUGGAGCAAUCUGUUGAUGAUCAAGUUUGGGAUGAACAAGAUCAUAUGAAAAAAAGACGUAAAAGGAGAAAGAGAAAGAAGAUGGCUUACGUGGGUAUAGCAAUGGUUGGCGGUUCACUAGUUUUAGGUCUGAGUGGUGGUCUAUUGGCUCCAGUUAUCGGUGCGGGUCUCGCUGCUGGACUUUCUACAAUAGGUAUAACAGGUGCUACAGGGUUUUUAACAGGUGCUGGUGGUACAGCUAUUGUGGCCGUUUCAAGUACAGCAAUCGGUGCCAAUAUUGGUGCAAAAGGUAUGUCCAGAAGAAUGGGCAGUGUAAGAACCUUUGAAUUCAUUCCUUUGCAUAAUAACCGUCGUGUCAACCUUAUUUUAACCAUUUCAGGGUGGAUUAUUGGUAACGAUGAUGAUGUUAGACUACCAUUCUCAACAGUUGAUCCAGUAGAGGGAGACCUGUACUCGUUAUUCUGGGAACCAGAAAUGCUGAAAUCCACAGGUCAAACAAUCAAUAUCUUGGCUAGCGAAAUAUUUACUCAAACUCUUCAGCAAGUUUUAGGUGCUACGAUAUUGACGGCACUAAUGUCAUCUAUACAAUGGCCAAUGGCAUUAUCCAAAUUGGGAUACAUAUUAGAUAAUCCGUGGAGUGUCUCCCUAGACAGAGCAUGGGCAGCUGGUCUCAUCCUUGCAGACACAUUAAUGACUAGAAACUUGGGACAAAGGCCAGUGACCUUAGUAGGUUUCUCUUUGGGGGCAAGAGUAAUUUAUUCGUGUCUUAUUGAACUUUGUAAAAAGAAGGCAUUGGGUUUAGUAGAGAACGUUUUUAUAUUCGGGACCCCAGUUGUAAGGAAAAAAGAAGAGCUGGUAAUGGCGAGAUCAGUAGUAAGCGGAAGAUUUGUUAACGGUUAUUCAGACAAGGAUUGGGUUCUGGCCUAUUUAUUUCGCGCAACUUCAGGUGGUUUUAGUGCUGUAAUGGGUAUCUCACCCGUUGAUGACGUAGAAGGAAUCGAUAAUUUCAACUGUACGGAACUCGUUGAUGGCCAUAUGGCAUAUCGUAAGAACAUGCCAAAAUUGUUGAAAGAGGUCAAUAUCACUGUCUUAGCUGAAGAGUUCGCUGAAAUUGAAGAAACUAUAGAUCCAGAAGAAAUAAGGAAGCAAAGGAAACUCGUGAAAGAUCUUGAUGCAGCUCAUAAGAAACUUUCUGGUAAGAAAAAGCAUCAUGGAUGGAUGCCACAAUGGAUGAAACCAAAGAAAUCAAAGUGGCAAAGUAUGGUGGAGAAGACUGUUGAAGAAAAGGAGAUAGAAGAAAUUCCAACCGAGGAAUUAACCUCAUCUUCGACUUCAAAAACGAAAGACAAUGGUAUUUUCGAUCAUUCUGCACUGAUGCAGGAGUUAGCAAACUUGAAAGCAUCUUUACAUGAAAAGGAAAAUGAAAAGGAUGAUAGCGACAAAGGUAACAAAAACGGUGAGUCAACGACUACAAGUGACCACGAUUAUAAAGCAUCGCCUAGCGGCAAUAAUUUCCAGCUAUUAAGUGCUGGAAGAACAAUUCUACCUGAUGAUGAUGAAAUGUACCGUAAGAAAAACAUGGAGUUUGCAUUUCCUGAUGACGUUUAG